AUGGAGAGCGAAUUUCCGUUUCUGCAGCCAUUUCCGAUCAGCCACGAAGCCUCCACAGACGACGCUUACUUCACCGGAAUCUACGCCGGCCUCAGUUUCCGCUCACUUCUCACCGGCGGUUCCUUCGAACCAGCGGCGGAAGCUGAAGAUCCACUCGAAACACAGCCGUUCUUCCCCACCGGCGACGGCGCCGCGCCUCUCUACAAUUUCAUCUCCGAAACGGCGCCGUUUCCUCUCCACCACCAGCUGCCAGGCCUCCUCUCCUACGAGCUGCCGCAAAACGCCGUUGAAAUCAAUUCCCCGGCGCCAAACCCUAGAUCCGAGGCGGAUCCGAAGGAAAAGAGGCCGCGGCGGAGGCAGGGCAGGCUGAGCGACAAGACGCAGUGCCUGCGGAAGCUGCUCCCCGGCGACGAGAAAAUGGACAUGGCGACGGUGCUGGAGGAGGCGUACAAGUACAUCGUCUUCCUCCAGUCGCAGGUCCGCGCUCUCCAGUCGAUGCCGUGCCAGAGCGGCGCUGGCGGAGAUUUGUACGAGCUGAACAGGCAGCAGCUGCUGCAGGUGGCGACGAACUCUCCGGCAGUGCAGGCGAAGCUGUGCGCCGAAGGCUGCUGUGUUUACGCGGCGGAGCAGCUGCAUUUGGUGGAGAAGAUCGCUGAUCGGAAGGCGAUGAUUGAUCAGCAGAUGAUGUACGGAUCGCAUUCUAACCCUAACUUCUUUCAUGCUUGA